UCAAGAGUUGAAUAUGGGUAGAAUUAGUGCCGAAAUCAUGUGGAACCUCUUCGCUCUGGAUAUGAAGUACGCAAUGGAGGAACACGACAAGCAUCGUCUAUGCAAGAGCACGGAGUACAUGAACUUGCACUUCAAAGUCAAAUGGUUCCACAACGAGUACGUGCGAGACCUGCCUGCCUUUAAAGGGAUUCCUCCAGAGUAUUCGCUGUGGUUCGAGCCGUUUGUUAUCCAGUGGUUGGCUGAAAAUGAAGACGUAUCGAUGGAUUUCCUCAACGGAGCUCUGGAGAGAGAUAAAAAAGAUGGGUUCCAGCAGACGUCAGAACACGCUCUCUUCUCCUGCUCGGUGGUGGAUGUGUUCACGCAGCUCAACCAAAGCUUUGAGAUCAUCAAGAAGCUGGAGUGUCCCAACCCUCAAGCUCUCGCUCACUUCAUGCGCAGGUUUGCAAAGACCAUAAAUAAAGUUCUCCUCCAGUAUGCUGUGAUCAUCUCUAAAGACUUCAGCAACCAUCUGAACAAGGAGAAAGUGCCAUGCAUCCUAUUGAACAACAUCCAGCAGCUCCGAGUCCAGCUGGAGAAGAUGUUCGAGUCCAUGGGAGGAAAGCAGCUGGACGCAGAGGCCAGUGAACUGCUGAAAGAGCUGCAGAAUAAACUCAACACAGUGCUGGACGAGCUCAGCGGCGUCUUCGGCUCCAGUUUUAAGUCGGUCAUUGAGGACUGUGUCAAACAAAUGAACCAGGAGCUGAUGCAGAUGAAAGGAAACGCAGGGAACAAGAGUAACGCAGCCAUGGACGCAGAGACUGUCCUGAGACCCCUCAUGGACCUGCUGGACAAGAACCUAAUUCUGUUUGCCAAGAUCUGUGAGAAGACUGUUCUCAAACGGGUCCUGAAGGAGCUGUGGAAGAUCGUGCUCAACACCAUCGAGCGACAGAUUGUUCUUCCGCCUCUCUCAGACCAGACACAAGGGGCUCAGAUGAUUUUCAGUGCUGCCAAGGACCUCGGUCAGCUCUCCAAACUCAAGGAGCAUGUGACCCGGGAGGAAGCUCGCAGUCUGAGCCCUCGACAAUGUGCCGCCUUGGAUUUAGUGCUUCCCACCAUCAAGCAAUAUUUCCAUGCGGGUGGAAACGGUCUGAAGAAAACCUUCCUGGAGAAGAGCCCCGAUCUCAAGUCCUUGAAAUACGCCCUCAGCCUUUACACUCAACCCACAGAUGCCUUGAUCAAGAAAUAUAUAUGCACCCAAACCUCUCAAGGUCAGUCCACGUCUGGAUCCAUCGGGGAGGUUUCCAUCCAGGUGGACCUGAUCUCACACCCCGGCACUGGAGAGCACAAAGUCAGCGUCAAAGUUGUGGGUGUGAACAAUAUCAACUGGCAGACGAAUGCCAUGUUUCGCCCCUUCGUGGAGAUCAGUGCCAUCGGCCCGCACCUGGCUGACAAGAAACGCAAGUUUAGCACCAAAACCAAGAAUAACAACUGGUCUCCGAAAUACAACGAAACAUUCCAGUACGUGCUGAGUAAUGAACACGGCCCAGAAGCCUACGAGCUUCACAUCUCCGUGAAGGACUACUGCUUCGCCCGAGAGGAUCAGAUCAUCGGCAUGACGGUCCUGCAGCUCAGAGAACUGGCCGAGAAGGGCAGCUUGAACGCCUGCUAUCCGCUCGCCAGGAGCGUAAACAUGGACGAAACCGGUCUGACCAUCAUGAGAAUACUCUCGCAAAGGACCAACGACGAAGUGGCCAAAGAGUUCGUACGUCUCAAAUCAGACACGCGGUCGUCCGAGGGAGUGUCGUAGAGCAGCGGAGCGGUUGUGUUUGUUUUCGUGCAUGUGUGUAAAACAUCUGUUGGAAUGUUCAUUUUAAACUACAAGUACGUACAAAAGUGUUUACCUACCGUAUGCUCUCUAUUAAAUAUUAUAUUCUGCGGAGUUAUGUUCAAGAGACAGUUUUGUAUGACGAUUAGUCUUUUUGAACAGAUCUCGUAUUUGUUCAGAUAAAGUGCCAAACCUGACGAGUUAGAAAACAAAACGAAACAAAAAAAAAUUAUAGACUAAAUACAAAUGCAUAUGAUGAUAUUAUUGGUGAAGUUUGCUCGAUUCUUUUGUCCGGUGUAUAUCAUCCUCUCUUUAAGUGUGUAGACGUUUUGUUUGUCUUAAUUCGGUUCAUUCGCACCGUUUUUGUUCGUUCGUUCGUUUUUUGUUUUUUUCGCAAGGCACUGGUGGUGCAUGUCUCGUUUUCUUGGUGACGUCUCUCUCCCAUGUGUUCAUCAGCUCAGACCUGCUCCCCUCCAACGUUUUGUAUUUGAGUCCACUUUAAAAAGAGACCAUUUUUUUAAAAUGGCGAUGACUGCUACGAAUCUCUUCAUAAGUGUUUGUAAUUUUAUAGUCGUUGACAACAAUGAAACCACCUUCGAGUGCUGCCAGUUCAGGCCGGAGGGGUGGGAUCUUCUUUUCGUUUGUUUUUCGUAGGUUUAGUUGCUUUACGUUUCCUUUUUUUACCAUAGGCUUUCAGCCUUUCUGAAUUAUCACUGUGAACAUGGGCUCUGAAAGGCAAGCUUACAUCACAUUUGUUGACCGUUUGAUAUCAUCUUUUCAUUUUUUCAAACAACUCUGAUUCUAAAAAAAAAGAAAAACUGCCAAAGUUAUAUGAAAAUGUUCAUGCACAACAAAAGCAAUCCAUGAUCUGUGUGGAAAUCAGUAUUACAUGUGCUGUACAUUAUGUUUUGCUGAAUAAUUUCUGAUUGUCGGUGGGCCGGUUUUUAGUUUAUUUCGGGAUGAUUUCUGUGAAGUUGUUUAAUCUGGUAUGAACACGGUAAAUGUUGCUUUACAGAAGAGUCACAUCGAUCGCCGUCAUCUCAUUUAUUUUGGUUUACAGAGGAAAACGUUUAACAUUUGGUAUUUAUGCAACAUUCCUAUGUAUUGCACUGAUGGCAAAUUGUAUGUCAUGUAAAUAUAUUUAGUGAGAAAUU